CUAGCUACUGUCACGCACUUGGAAAAUCAGAGUUAAGCAAUACCAGAGUUUCUUCUACUGAUGGUGAAAUUAAGAUGUGGCAGGGAAAAAAAGAAAGUUUAUUAAGUUAUACUAACAAAUAGGAUCUGGUUCUUGGUAUGUUUUCUACAAGGUGAACUGAAAACAUCAUUGUUUUAUGUAGAUUCCUGUACACACACAAACAUACUACAUGUAGGCACAUCGUUUAAAGUACAGACAUUGCAUCUACUCUUGGAACUUGUGAACAUGGUGUAUUACUUGAAUUCUAGUAUAUAACUGCCCACCUUCUGCCUCAUGUGUUUUAUACAAUCGUUAUGCUUCCAUUUGGAAUUAAUGGGAGAAGGUCUUGAAAUGAUUACAGGGAAAGAAUAUUGCUAACAAAACUUGCAUGACUAUGAGAACUAGAGACCAAAGCCACGUGUAUAACGUUCACUAAUUUAAAAUUUCACACCCCACCACACUCGCACGCGCGCGCGCGCGCGCGCGCACACACACACACACACACACACACACACACAAGUUUGCAGGAUAUUGCAAGACAUAUACCACUUGUUAAGUAACACCUGAUGCUGAUAGAGUAAAUAAUUUGCUGUUUCUGGAAGGGCAAAUAUUUAACUCUUAAAUACAUACUUGAAAUGGAAAAUUAAGAAAAUGCAAGGAAUAAAGGCUUAUAUCGAUGGAAAAUAUGAAGCCCCAGAGAUCGCCGCAUACACAUUCAUGCCUCAUGAUGUCGCUCUUCACUGAGAACUUUCUGUUUUGCAAAGAAAGUCACUUCCUUCAGAGAACUCGUGAAUUCUCCAGUGCUAGGACGUCGUCAAACCAGUUUUUUAGAGGCAGCUUCAGGUAAGGCAUUCUGUAUACUGUAGCUAUCGCUGAAUCUUUCUGCGUGUACCAUGUUUUUAUCCUGGCAAAGUAGCCCAGGAUCCGGGUGCCUCCUACUCUGGCUUCUCCUCUCAGCCUGGGAGGCAGGGAGCGGCCAGCUCCACUACUCCGUCCCCGAGGAGGCUAAACACGGCACCUUCGUGGGCCGCAUCGCGCAGGACCUGGGGCUGGAGCUGGCGGAGCUGGUGCCCCGCCUGUUCAGGGUGGCGUCCAGGGACCGCGGGGACCUUCUGGAGGUAAAUCUGCAGAAUGGCAUUUUGUUUGUGAACUCUCGGAUCGACCGGGAGGCGCUGUGCGGGCGGAGAGUGGAGUGCAGCAUCCACCUGGAGGUGAUCGUGGACCGGCCGCUGCAGGUUUUCCACGUGGAGGUGGAGGUGAGGGACAUUAACGACAACCCGCCCAUGUUCCCCGAAACCAGCAAAAGCAUAAUGGUUGCGGAAUCAAGACCUCCAGAAACUAGAUUUCCACUAGAUGGCGCAUCGGAUGCAGAUAUCGGAGUCAACUCCGCCCUGACCUACCGUUUGGAUCCCAGUGAUUAUUUCGGUUUGAACAUGCAAAACAACCGUGAGCAGACUUCUUCAUUAUCGCUCGUGUUAAAGAAAUCAUUAGACCGAGAAGAAAUUAAGGAACAUAGUUUGUUUCUAACAGCCAGUGACGGAGGCAGACCGGAGCUGACUGGCACAGUUCAGCUGCUCAUCACCAUCCUAGAUGUGAACGACAAUGCUCCAGAGUUUGAUCAGUUCAUUUACACAGUCAGAGUGCCAGAGAAUGCACGCAAUGGAACACUGGUGAUUAACUUAAACGCCACAGAUCCUGACGAGGGUAUAAAUGGAGAUAUAAUCUACUCCUUCAGGCGGCCAGUAUCCCCUGCAGUGGGGCGUGCAUUCAGUGUAGACCCCAAGAGUGGAGAAGUUAGAAUGAAAGGCCAACUAGAUUUCGAGGAAAAUAAAGUAUAUGAGAUACCCGUGGAGGCAGUGGACAAAGGGAAUAUCCCAAUGACAGGCCAUUGUACCCUUCUGGUGCAGGUACUGGAUGUAAACGAUAAUGCACCAGAGAUCACGAUCACUUCCCUGUCACUUCCAGUCAGAGAAGAUGCCCAGCCAAGCACUGUCUUAGCUCUGAUCAGUGUGUCCGAUCCUGACUCUGGUGACAAUGGGCAGGUGACCUGCUCCCUGAGCCCUCACGUCCCCUUCAAGCUGGUGUCCACCUUCAAGAACUACUAUUCGCUGGUGCUGGACGGCGCCCUGGACCGAGAGACCACAGCUGACUAUAAGGUGGUGGUGACCGCCCGGGACGCGGGCUCGCCCUCGCUGUGGGCCACCGCCAGCGUGUCCGUGCAGGUGGCUGACGUGAACGACAACGCGCCCGCGUUCGCGCAGCCCGAGUACACGGUGUUCGUGAAGGAGAACAACCCGCCUGGCGCGCGCAUCUUCACGGUGUCGGCCACGGACGCGGACGCGCAGGAGAACGCGCUGGUGUCCUACUCUCUGGUGGAGCGGAGGGUGGGCGAGCGCCUGCUGUCGAGCUUCGUGUCUGUGCACGCGGAGAGCGGCAAGGUGUUCGCGCUGCAGCCUCUGGACCACGAGGAGCUGGAGCUGCUGCAGUUCCAGGUGAACGCGCGCGAUGCUGGUGUGCCUGCCCUGGGCAGCAAUGUGACUCUGCAGGUGUUCGUGCUGGAUGAGAACGACAAUGCGCCCGCGCUGCUGCCCCACGGAGCUGUCGGAGCCGGCAGAGCAGUGAGCGAACUUGUGCCUAGGUCAGUGGAUUCAGGGCACGUGGUGACAAAGGUGCGCGCAGUGGAUGCAGACUCUGGGUACAAUGCAUGGCUGUCUUAUGAGCUGCAGGUAGCGGCAGGAGGCACGCGCAGUCCAUUUCGUGUGGGUCUGUACACUGGCGAAAUCAGCACAACGCGCGCCCUGGAUGAAGCUGACGUGCAGCGCCAACGUCUGCUGGUGCUGGUUAAGGAUCAUGGUGAGCCUGAGUUGACAGCCACAGCCACGGUGCUAGUGUCUCUGGUGGAUAGCGGCCAGGCACCCAAGAUCUCUUCUCUGGCUUCCAAGAGCAUUGAAUCUUCUGAGGCGUCGCUGGUGACUGUCAACGUGUACCUGAUCAUCGCCAUCUGCGCGGUGUCCAGCCUGCUGGUGCUCACUUUGCUGUUGUACACCGUGCUGCGGUGCUCGGCGACGCCCACGGAGAGCGUGCAUGGGCCAGGGAAGCCCGUGCUGGUGUGCUCCAGCGAAGUGGGGACCUGGUCUUACUCACAACAGAGGCGGCAGAGGGUGUUCUCUGGAGAGGGUCUGCCCAAGACAGACCUCAUGGCCUUCAGCCCAAGUCUCCCUCCCAUGCUAGGCUCUGCAGAGGAGACAUUCCAGAAAGACAGGCUUAUAGAACAUUUGCAAGAGCCCCGACAGCCCAACCCUGACUGGCGCUACUCUGCCUCGCUAAGAGCAGGCAUGCACAGCUCUGUACACCUGGAGGAGGCUGGCAUUCUACGGGCUGGUCCAGGAGGGCCUGAUCAGCAGUGGCCAACAGUAUCCAGCGCGACACCAGAACCUGAAGCAGGAGAGGUGUCCCCUCCAGUGGGUGCUGGUGUCAACAGCAACAGCUGGACCUUUAAAUAUGGACCAGGCAACCCCAAACAGUCCGGUCCCGGUGAGUUGCCAGACAAAUUCAUUAUCCCAGGAUCUCCUGCAAUCAUCUCCAUCCGGCAGGAGCCUGCUAGCAACCAAAUUGACAAAAGCGACUUUAUAACCUUCGGCAAAAAGGAGGAGACCAAGAAAAAGAAGAAAAAGAAGAAGGGUAACAAGACCCAGGAGAAAAAAGAUAAAGGGAACAGCACGACUGACAACAGCGACCAGUGAGGCCACCAAAUGGAAAGAAGCCACUUAGCCAGUUUUUGUAAUAACAGCAAAUCUCUCCCAUGUAGCAACUCCCUACUCCUUUCUCCUAUGACAUGAGCCCUCCUAGAGACCUCAGAAAUCUGCAGAAAGUUCCCUGUGUCUGUCUUGAUUGAUUGCAUUUGACAGGUUUUGUCUUAAAAGCUUUCCUAAGUCUGGUGUUAACUCUUUCUCUCCACUCUGGCUUGUUUUCAGAACCUAAAAAGCAGACCCAAGUUUCCUUUCUCCUCUGCCAUGAAGGAGGGGCUUCCCAGCCCUGCCAGUGAGAGUCGGACUCUUCCCUAUGCUUCAGGCAUCUUGAUGACAUUUGCAGGGCAGGCUGGAAGGUAUUCAGGUUGAGCAGCUUGGGUGCUUGUGGUCACUGGGUGUGUGUAGCUACCAUGAGUGUUCAAGAGCCUGACACUGGCUGGGAUGGUACAGAUUAGACUAGCUGGGAAAUAAAGAUACAGAAACAUUGGAGUCUUCCAUCUGGAGGGGGGAAUGUGAAACCCAAAGGGACCAGACUUUCUCAUUUCCAGGUGUGGUGGUCAUCCUCUAGCUGACGAAACCACCCCUACUGACAAAGCUUUAGGAGUCCCUCAAGUCUGUUAGCUAUAGUAUCGCUGUACUCAAAGCCUGUGUUAUGCACACAUGCCAGCAGUCCAAGUGCUUAACAGAGGGCCAGCCAGGGCAACAGAAGCAGAUCUGAUGUGUUUCCUGUACACGUCCUUGUGCUCACACUAUUAGAAAUUCUUUUGCACACAAUGCUUAUGAAAAGGACACAUCCUUUUCCAACAACACAUAUGCAAAAGCAAAAGAAAUGCCCCAACAGCCUCACUUUAUGCUGUUUGUUGUUUGAUAGGUUUAUUAAAAAAGAGAAAGUCUAUAGCUAUAAAUCUUUAAAGAAGUGUGAUGAACACAAAUCCCCCAACUUCCCUCAAAAGAGAAUCCAGUCUACAGCCAUUUAAAAUGAUCAUUGCUGCUACAGAAGUGCUUUAAGAGAACUGCCUGGAACAUCUGUAUUAUACCGGCCACCUGCCAAUCACAGCUUUACUCUUUCGGGUCACUCUGGGGCUGCCUCUUGCAUGUAUUAAUUACUAAGUGAAAGGACCUUUCUCUCUCUCUCUUUUGUAAGAAAAAUGAUGUGCACUUUGAUUACACAACCUUCUCUAACCCACUAUAUCAAGACCCAAAACUGAAGAAUAAUAUCAUUUUCUCAUACACACAGUGAGCAGAUUUUUCAUUCCUCUGAUCCUGUGAUUGUCUCGGUGUGAUAGCCUACACCUUUGCCUUGUUUAGUUUUCCUUUUCUAUAACACUCUGAAUUGCUAACCUUACUAACACCUAUGAUACUACCCGAAUCAAUCUCCCAUAUGUAUGCUGUAUGCUAUUAUAAGACUCCUGAGAUAUACUCACUCUGUGCUUGUGUAUGUGAAUGUCAAUGCAACUAUUACCUAGAGUGAACUUUAAGCUUUAUUGUUGAAUGUAAGCCCAUUAUAUUUCCUUUUGUACACCUGUGGAAAAGUGAAAUAGUUUUUUUAAACCAUUGUUAAUCAGCUUUUGUGUAUGAAAGACACAGUAAAAUUUCUUUCUUAAAUCAAGAUGCUGGUGAUUCAAGGAAUUUUAUUUAUGGUCAGCCAAGGGCUGUCUCUUGCCAAGACUCUUGGCAAGGGAAUGGAUAAAACAUUUUUUUCUAGUAACAGUUCUGGAAUAAAUGCUGAAGAAAGUCCCUGAGGAUAUUCAAGCACAAAAUUGUACCAGUCUGACCUCUUUGAGUUUACAGAUUUCUUUGAAACGCUCUCCGGAAUAUCAGCUCAUAGAAAGUAAUACAAUUUACUGUCACCAUAAAUAAGGCAUUUUAAUUGUGUUGUGCACAACUUAGAAGUUUGAUUAAUUAUAUUAUCUAUUUAAAGUUAAUAUAAAAAGUAGGAGUCUGUUUUAAAAGGCAUAAAAUCUAAAAACAAAAACAACAAAAAAAGCUGUCUUGUCUACUUUUAGCUUCAUUCUCCCAUACUUUGAAGGGUGUGUAACUUCAGCUCUGCAGGAUUGCAUGGGGUAAAACUGUUGACAACACAUGUGAACCAUUGCUACAUUGUAGGUUGUGAUCAUUUUGCCCCACUGAAGCCCAUGUAACUGACCUUACGUGCCUUUUGAACUAGGAGAAUCGGGCUAAUUUAUUAAUGAUGAUAACUAUAAUGUAUAUGUACAGCACUUUUUAAAUUUAUAAAGUGCUUUCCAAUUCGUGUUAGUUACUAGUUACUACAGCUGUAAGGAUAAAACACGUCAUGUGGAUUCAUUUUUAAUUGGUGCUAUUGGUAUUUCCUCUGUUAUUGCUAAUAAAUGGAAACGGUGGUGUGAAA